CUUGGACCGUUGCAAAUUAAAAAUAGCAAUGAGGAUAGUCGCCGAAAACGAAGCAAUAAAAGGCAAGAAAAACCGCCUUACUCGUAUAUCGCACUCAUAGCAAUGGCAAUUCAUGCAAAGCCAGAUCGUAGGGCAACUCUAACAGAGAUAUAUGCUUAUCUUCAAAACAAUUUCGAUUUUUUUCGAGGUGAAUAUAAUGGAUGGAAAAAUUCUAUUCGUCAUAAUCUCUCAUUGAACGAAUGUUUCGUGAAACUACCGAAAAGUUCAGGAGGAAGAAGUGGUAAAGGUCAUCAGUGGACCGUAGAUCAAAAUUGUGAUUUUCUUUUCGAAGAGGGUUCAUAUCGGCGAAGACCACGCGGUUACAAAACACGAUCGAGAGGAAGCGAAUAUUCUAACGAUCAGGUUUCUAUUCUUAAAAUUUUAAAUAUUUUUAGUAUUUCUAAAUAUUUUAUAAUUUUAUAUUUUAUAAUUUUAAGUAUUUUUAUUCAGCCUCAAAGUUCAUUUUGGCCUCAUUACGAAUACUGCCCAAAUCAGUGGGCACCUACUCAAAAUUGCGAUUAUAUUUUACCGAGCUCAUAUCUUUAUGAAUCCAAUCCUACCUCACAAAUGACGUGUCAUUUCGAAGAACCUUAUAAUAUGGAUAUUAAUACAGUCGUUCCUUCAACAACAACAUUGGCAUCAAAUAAUCGGUUUGAUUUCAAUACUCCAUCUGUCUUUAAUGAAGAAUAUUCUCCUUACGUGGACCAACCUAUGGCUAUGCCAAAUUCUGAAGUCAUUUAUCAUUUACCGAUUUCUCAGUGA